GUUUAAGGAGGGUUUAAGGCGGCUCUGUCGCCGUACUUGUUGCCUGUUGGAACCCCUCCUCUCGAUCUCGAACCCUUCCUAGUUUUAUUGCCCUCAUUCUUGCUCCCUUGAUCUUCCGAUUCUCAGCUCCUCAAAACUUUCUUGGCCAAUUCGAGAAAAGUUUGAUGUCUGCCAUUGAACUGCUAGCUUAUAUAUCUUUCGUAAUCAGUUAAUCACAAUAAUCCGCUGAGAAUGUGGAGGAAUUUAGCAAAACAUGCCUAUACGAGGAGGCUGCAACUCUCCUCUCAACACUCUUCCUUCUCUCCUUCUAAUUGCACCAGUCGUUUUUAUUUCCCUGAUAAAGCCAGAGCUCUUGAGUCCCAAGACCAUGUAUAUUCUUUGCGCCCAGUUGCAGAUCUUAGGCGAAUUGGGGUACUAUCUUUUCAGAAAGAUGAAUUGGGAAGACCCGGUUUUGGGGUUACCAAAAAACCUGUUAAUUUUUUCGGAUUGUUCGGUUAUCAGAAAGGUUAUGCGAGUGCUGCGGAGGCCAUUGCUUCAGAAGAAGAUAUGUCAGGGGUGGAUGAAGUUCAAGAAUUAAUGGAGGAAGUGAACAAAGGAGACAAGCUCGAAAAGCAGCCAAAAUUGAUAGGUGGGGUGGCGCAAGGCAAGCACAACGUGCUGCGGAGGCGACAAAUAAAGAUGGAGACAGAGGCGUGGGAAGAGGCAGCUAAAGAGUACCGAGAGCUUCUAUCGGACAUGUGUGAGCAAAAGCUCGCCCCUAAUUUGCCAUACAUAAAAUCUUUAUUCCUCGGAUGGUUUGAGCCGUUGAGGGAUGUAAUUGCUGCUGAGCAAGACUUGUGCAAGCAAGGGAAGAACCGGGCUGCCUAUGCCCCCUAUUUUGAUCAUUUACCAGCGGAUAUGAUGGCAGUUAUUACAAUGCAUAAGUUGAUGGGGUUGUUGAUGACAGGGGAAGGCAAUGGCAGUGCUAGAGUAGUUCAAGCUGCUUGCCACAUUGGUGAAGCCAUUGAACAUGAGGUGAGGAUACAGAGGUUUAUGGAGAAGACCAAGAAAAAGAGUGCAUCCAGCAACAAUCCUGAUGGUGGAUCAAAUCCUGUGACAAAAGAACAAGAGAAACUGCGGAAAAAGGUUUCUAUGUUGAUGAAAAAGCAAAAGCUGCAGCAAGUGAGGCAAAUAGUGAAACGACAAGAUGACUCAAAACCUUGGGGCCAAGAUGCUCAUGUUAAGGUUGGGUCUCGUUUGAUUGAGCUAUUAAUAGAAACAGCCUACAUUCAACCUCCAGCUGAUCAGUUAGGAGAUGGGCCACCUGAUAUUCGUCCUGCAUUUGUUCACACCCUCAAAACUGUCAUAAAAGAAACACAGAAAGGCACCAGGAGAUAUGGAGUAAUAGAAUGCGACCCACUAGUUCGCAAAGGUUUAGAAAAAACUGCUAGGCACAUGGUUAUUCCUUAUAUGCCAAUGUUGGUGCCUCCACUAAACUGGACAGGGUAUGACAAAGGAGCGUACUUGUUCUUACCAUCAUAUGUCAUGCGCAUUCAUGGGGCAAGACAACAACGUGAAGCAAUUAAAAGGGCUCCAAGGAAGGCAUUGGAACCUGCAUUUGAGGCCCUUAACACCCUUGGCAAUACUAAAUGGAGAAUAAAUAAGAGGGUACUUGGUGUCAUAGACAGAAUAUGGGCUAGUGGAGGUCGUCUUGCUGAUUUGGUUGACCGCGAAGAUGUUCCUUUACCAGAGGAACCAGACACAGAAGAUGAAGCAGAAAUCAGGAAAUGGAAGUGGAAAGUCAGAGCUGUGAAAAAGGAAAAUAGUGAGAGGCAUUCACAGCGGUGCGAUAUAGAACUUAAACUUGCUGUGGCUCGAAAGAUGAAGGAUGAAGAUGGCUUCUUCUAUCCCCACAACCUUGAUUUUCGAGGUCGUGCCUACCCCAUGCAUCCAUAUUUAAACCAUCUUGGCUCUGAUUUGUGCCGAGGUAUCCUGGAGUUUGCAGAGGGACGCCCUCUUGGGAAGUCAGGCUUACGUUGGCUGAAGAUACAUUUAGCAAAUGUAUAUGCUGGUGGAGUGGACAAGUUAUCAUAUGAGGGUCGGGUGGCAUUUACUGAGAAUCAUUUGGAAGAUAUCUUUGAUUCCGCAGACAGACCUCUGGAAGGAAGACGCUGGUGGUUGUCUGCUGAGGAUCCUUUCCAAUGCUUGGCAACAUGUAUUAAUCUCUCAGAAGCAUUAAGAAGCUCCUCUCCAGAGACUACUAUUUCACAUAUGCCUGUCCACCAGGAUGGUUCGUGCAAUGGCUUACAACACUAUGCUGCGCUUGGAAGGGACAAGUUAGGAGCAGCUGCUGUGAAUCUUGUUGCGGGAGAGAAGCCUGCAGAUGUUUACUCAGGAAUUGCUGCCAGAGUUCUUGAUAUCAUGCGGAGAGAUGCACAGAAGGAUCCUGCUACUGAACCAAAUGCUUUGCGUGCUAGACUUUUAAUCAGUCAGGUGGAUAGGAAACUGGUGAAGCAGACAGUGAUGACAUCAGUAUAUGGAGUUACUUAUAUUGGUGCUCGUGACCAAAUCAAGAGGAGAUUAAAAGAACGUUGUGCCAUUGCAGAUGAGGGAGAGGUGUUUAGUGCAUCUUGUUAUGCGGCUAAAACCACCUUGACUGCUUUAGGAGAGAUGUUUGAAGCUGCACGUAGUAUCAUGAGCUGGCUUGGUGACUGUGCAAAGGUGAUAGCUUCUGAGAAUCAUCCAGUGCGGUGGAAUACUCCUUUGGGACUUCCUGUUGUGCAACCCUACCGCAAAUUAGGAAGGCAUCUUAUUAAGACUUCACUUCAGGUGUUGAGCCUACAACGAGAAACUGAUAAGGUCAUGGUUAAGCGUCAGAGGACAGCUUUUCCUCCGAAUUUCGUUCACUCACUUGAUGGUUCCCACAUGAUGAUGACUGCCGUUGCUUGCCAAAAGGCAGGCUUAAAUUUUGCAGGAGUCCAUGAUUCAUACUGGACACAUGCAUGUGAUGUUGACGAAAUGAACAGGAUACUUAGAGAAAAGUUUGUUGAACUCUACGGGACGCCAAUACUUGAAAAUUUGUUGGAGGGCUUCCAAAAGUCAUUUCCUACAUUAAAUUUUCCGCCCUUACCAGAGCGAGGGGACUUUGAUCUGAGGGAGGUUUUGGAAUCUCCUUAUUUCUUCAAUUAGUUUACAUGAUUCUUUGCUGUUACUUGGCAGCUGCAGUGCAAUCUUCACUUGUUGUACCUUUGUCACUGAUUCAAUUACAAGGUGAAGGUGGUUAUAUUCAUAUACAUAUAUGUUCGUCCAUGGGCAUGGUUAAGUGUUGCCCUCAAUAAGGGGAUAGUAAAAGGAAAAAGAAACUCGAGGUUGUUUUUGUACAUAUGUGCCCGUCUUCAACCAUUAGCUGUAGAGAUUUCCAUUCAAAUUUCUUUUGCCCAAUCUUGGACACAUCUUUGUCAACAGGAUUUGAGAGAAUAAGAUGUGAAACAUGCGGAAGUAGAUGAAAAGCAUCUCCAGUGAUUUUGAUAUCUAGUUGGUUUAGUUGUGAAACAGAAGGAACUGAAGCCUCAGCAGUGUAUAGGGACACUUGAUUUAAUGAACCUCAUUCAGAGGAAAGGCAGCACAAUGAGGAAGGCCUCUCUCACAAUGGAUUCUGAAGGUUUUUAAUAUACAGAGAAGGUAGGUGAGUUGACUGUUAGAAUGGGUUAGUAUCCUCCUUUACUAUUUUUUUUUUUUCUGUUCUCAGGACACGUUUUUGAGACUGGUGUUCUGGGCAUUCCUUGUGUUUGCUGAUCUAGUGUGUAAUAUCAAAAUUUCUAAUGGAUACAAAAGAGAAAAAAAAUCCACUCUGGAAGCAUAGUAGAAGGAUCCUGAAUUAAUUUAUAAGCAGUUCUUUGUUAUAUUGUA